AUGCUGCCGCCCUCUGCCAAAGUGCCAGAGCAAGCAGCUGAAAACGGGGGACCCCUAGAGAAAACUCCCCGGGCCCUUAAAGAUCUAUCGACAAAGAAGCCCAGACAGAAUCUUAGAAGAGGCUCCCAAGAGUCUUCGCCAACAGUAAUUGGUAACGCCUUCAGUUUCUUUAGAGGCCGUCAGGAUCCCAACGAGCUGCGAUACCAGAGUGACGAGGAACAAGAACGGUAUGACGCUCCUUACGAGGGAGAACAGCGUGACGAGGCAGCGACUGCCGACGAAACCGAGGUCGCAAAUGAGAAUGGCGUGGUGCCACCCGAGAACCAAGAAGCUGGGCUGCCUCUUGCGUCUCGGUCGACGAUAUUUCGCCCAAGUUUCUUCGCUAGAAACACCACAGAGGGUAAUGGCAGUGCCAAAACCCAAGAGGGCCUAACCGAAGACGGUAAGGGCCCAGGAGGCAGGCCCAGAGGCAUUUUCACGAUAUUUAGAAAGAAGAACAAGGAUCUCGAUAGACGGGCUAGUGCUAUAGGUCAGGAAGAAGGCGCUCAUGCGGAAGACGACAGCGAAGCCGAGACUCGGGAACGGGCCAAGCAGCUACUAAGCUCCUUGGGCCUUGGUACCCCCGCCAUCAACUUAUUGGCAUCGUGCUUGUGUGAGGAUGAAUAUGGUAUUGCUCGUGCUCCUCUUCUCUUGACUCUCUUGGGGUUGAAGGUGCAUGACACAUCCAGAACUCCGCUCAAACGAAACCGAAGGUUCCGCAUUGACCUCGAGUAUGGAGUCGCCCCUCGCCGUGUGAAAUGGUCGGUGGAGAGAAACGCCAAAGACUUGCUUUACUUGCAUUCGAGAUUCAAAAUUCUGGCUUUUAGAGGUGCAAUCAAGUCAGAUGAACUUCCAAAAUACCCUGUACCUCCUCUUUUUAGAAGGAACGAACGUCAAUUAAUGCGUCAAACCAAAAAGACUCAAACUAGAAUCGAAGAUCCUCAAACGCUUAAUUUACGUGAUCGUCUGAAUCCGCAAACCCCUAAUGAUGACGACAGGUCCAUCUUGAGUGGAGGCACGUUCCGAAACAGAUUGUCAGCAAUACGCUCCCACAUGAGCGGCACUUCAAUGUCAUCCUUGGAAGAUGCUACUCCCGAGCAAUUGCAGACACUCAUGACCAUAAAUCAAAGGUACACGGCAGAUGUCCAAAAAUACCUAUGCGAUCUUAUUGCUCUAUUGUCCUUACGCCCGGAAUCCAACAGACUAUUUCAGUUCUUUGAGGUUUCGCCUAUUUCAUCACUCCUCAGCAAUGAAACAGGUUACACCGGUAAGCAGGGUGUGGUUCACGUGGGCGGAACCACGAAAUCUCAGGGCUGGAGAGUUGGUCACUUCAAAGCCAACGACUUGAAGGGAAUGAUUGAUAGACGCUCAGAAAAAUGGCUCUUGGUCAGAAACUCCUACGUCACCUACGUAUCCGACAUCAACUCCACAACUCCCCUCGAGGUCUUCCUUGUUGACAGCAAAUUCAGAAUUCACCAUAAGGGACCGGGCUUUGACACACACGAAAAGGGCUCAGAUUCAGAAUCAGACUAUGAAGAUCAUUCCAUCAGAAUUAUUGGUGGUGUGGAAUCAGCCCCGCAGCACGUUCACAGGAAUGUCUUCAAGCAUUUAAAAAUUAUACUCGAGAACUCCGAAAGAAAGUUGGUUUUGAUACCCAAGUCUGUUAGAGAACAACGUCUAUGGCUACAUUCACUCGAUAAAAUGGUUAGAGAAUCUAUCUGGAGCCAAAGCAACAGAUUCCAUUCGUUCGCCCCAAUAAGAAAAAAUUGUUAUGCACAAUGGUUUGUGGAUGCUCGUGACUACUUUUGGGCAGUCUCUUCAGCUAUUGAAAUGGCAAAGGAUACAAUUUUUAUUCACGACUGGUGGCUUUCGCCAGAGCUUUAUUUAAGAAGACCAGCUAAUGGAAAUCAGCAGUUUAGAAUUGAUAGACUUCUUCAAAGAAAGGCUCUGCAGGGCGUCAAAAUCUUCGUCAUUAUUUACAGAAACGUUGGUACAACAAUUCCGAUUGACUCGUUGUACACUAAACAUUCUAUCCUUUCCCUCAAUCAAGAGAAUAUUCAUGUGAUCCGGUCUCCCAAUCAACUUCUCCAAAACACAUACUUUUGGGCUCACCACGAGAAGAUAUGUAUUAUAGAUCAAACAGUUGCAUUCAUGGGUGGUAUUGAUCUUUGUUACGGUAGAUAUGAUACCCCUGAUCAUGUCCUCGCUGAUGAUAAUGGUGUGGAGUUCUCUACUCUAGACCCAGAAACUUUGACGAAGGAAGAGUUCGAAAAAUUCAACGUCUUUCCGGGAAAAGACUACUCAAACACCCGUGUCAAGGAUUUCUCAAACCUCGACAAGCCGUACGAGAGUAUGUAUGACCGUAAGGUCGUUCCACGUAUGCCUUGGCAUGAUAUUCAUAUGUGCACUCUGGGUCAGCCGGCAAGAGAUUUGUCUCGUCACUACGUCCAGCGUUGGAACUACCUCGUUAGACAGAAGCGUCCAUCUAGACUAACGCCACUCUUGACGCCGCCCUCUGACUUGUCAGAUGAGGAAGUGCGCGAGAUGGGAUUGGAUGGUAGUUGUGAAGUUCAAAUGCUUCGUUCAGCUGGCAGUUGGUCAUUAGGAUUAAAACAGCAUGAGCAAAGUAUUCAGGAUGCUUACUUGAAAUUGAUUGAGACUUCAGAGCAUUUUGUCUACAUCGAGAACCAAUUUUUCGUCACUUCUUGCUUGAUAGACGGUACAGUGAUUGAGAACAGAAUCGGUGAUGCCUUAGUCGAGAGGAUUAUUCGUGCUUUUAAUGAAGGAAAGCAAUGGAAGGCGAUUAUUUUGAUUCCACUUGUUCCAGGAUUUGAAUCUUCUGUCGAUAAGCCAGAUGGCUCUUCCGUCAGAGUCGUCAUGCAAUGCCAGUACAUGUCAAUAUCACGAGGCUCGUCUUCUCUUUUUGCAAAGCUUAGGAAGUACGGAAUUGACCCAGACGAUUACAUUCAAUUUUUCUCGCUCAGAAAAUGGGGUAUCAUCGGGCCCGACAGAAACCUUGUCACGGAGCAAUUGUACAUCCACGCCAAGAUCAUGAUUGUCGAUGACCGCCAUGCCAUUAUCGGAAGUGCCAACAUCAAUGAAAGGUCCAUGCGUGGUAGUAGGGAUUCAGAAGUUGCUGCAAUAAUUCGUGAUCGUGAAACUAUCACAUCGACUAUGAACGGAGAGAAAUACGUCGUUGGUAAAUUUCCCCAUACACUUCGCUUGAGAUUGAUGAGAGAGCAUCUUGGUAUCGGUGUGGACAUUCUCGAUGUUGUGGAAAGAAAAUUUGAUAAGUAUGAAAAAUUUGCCAAGACGAAGGAGGGUCUCGAGGCAUGCACCAACGACUUCAAAAAUCUUGCGAAUAGAGAAAUAUCGGCUGUGAUUGAACUUGCAAGUCGAGAAAUCUUAAAUCAGCCCGAAGGAACCUCAAGAUGGAAAGCACACUGUCAGCGUUUUGGAUUAGCCAAGAAAGCUACACCUAUACCUGACGAUAUUAAAUUUGAAGAAGGCCCUAAGCCAGUCUUACUUCCACUUUCUUUCAAUAACAGAACUGGUCCUCAUGAAGCCAAUAUCGGUAUCAGGGACAAGAAGAAACAUUCCUAUGAUGCGAGAGUUCAACAUAGUGAGGAUCACAAGAAAGAUGUUUAUGGCGUGGGUCUCGACAAAUACAGAACAAAGCUGGGCCAGAAAGCGCGUUUGGAUAGUGCUCGAUUUAUUCGUGAUCUCGCGAAAGAGGUUUUUGAUAAGCAGCCUGAUGCUCUGUUCCUUCCCGACAUCGAAAAUGUGUUGGAUUUCCUUGAACUGGACGACUCUGAUUACGCUGAGAAUAUGACAGAGGAGGAUGAGAAACUAAUCACUGCGAGAAACAAGGAAAGAUGGAUCUUGUUGAAGAGAAUUGCAUACCUCCAGCGUAUUGCUGCAAAGGAAUCCCAACAACUGGCACUUGAACAGCCCAAGCGUUUGGCAGCUGGGCUUCCCGCCAGCGUAUACGACUUUGAGAGUAACAGCAAGCAAGCCAGCAAUUCCGAGACUCCAUUAAAAGAGAGUACAAGCGACGAAGAGGGUAUCACUGCUGCGGUGGAGGUUCCCCAAAAGAAGUCAGAUAACUCAAUGGAAGACGCAGAUGGCUCUGCAGAGAAAGAAGAUCAAAGCAAAGAUUAUGUUCCUGUCGUCAGUUUAGAUGAACAGCAAUUGAGAGAACAAGUGCGUCAAAUCAAUAUGCCAGGUGUCGACAAUCUCAAUGCCUUCAUCGAUCCGUAUGGCUUUGAAGAUCCUUUAGAUCCAGAUUUCUACGAGGAUAUCUGGUUUGAAAAUGCAAGAAGAAAUACUGAAAUCUUUAGGCUCAUUUUCCAUUGUCAACCUGAUGACGAGGUAAUAUCCUGGAAGGAAUACAAACAUUUCAUGAAGCUUGAAAGGGCGUUUAAAGUCGCUCAGGAAACUGAAGCGCGAAAUAGAAGAGAGAAGUUCCGUUUUGAAGAAGAGUCAACUGACACAGGAACAGCAGAUUCAGAGAAAAGACCUCCGCAAGCUCGAAGAAGCAGUCAAGCUACGAUAUUCAUGAAUGAGCUUCAAAACGAGCGUGAUGGAGGCAUCUUUGGUGACAUACCAUCCUCUAAUAACAGCAGCUCCAUUGACCUUGGAAGAACUCAAAAUGGCAAACAAAAGUUUUCUGUAAAUGACAAAAUUGACGAAUGUGACGAGGAUACCGACGAAAAACUCGCGGGCAAUCUCCCGGACGGAGAAGAGGGCUCAAGUGAGAGUUACGAAAUGGAACAGAAUGAAAUUAAGGAAAGCGAAAAAAUUAUGAGACAGAAAGAGGCAAGCAGAAGGAAGAGAAGAGCGGGUACUUUCAGUGCUAGAAGAAAAGCACACGCUGGAGAUAAGAUCUACGAUCGAGAGUCUGCUGAGAGGCUUCUUAAUGAGAUUCACGGCCAUCUCGUGCUCUUCCCUGCCGACUGGCUCGCAAGGGAACUUGAGGGUGAUAAUUGGUUUUUCAAUACCGACAGAAUACCCCCGAUCGAAAUCUACGACUAA